AUGGCAUCUAAAGUCUGGAAUAAGAAGGGGAUUGCCGAGAUUAAAAAGACCCAGCAGGGAGGGGACUCGGAAAGAUAUGGGCAGAAACCGAGAAGCAAGCAGCACCCAAUGAUGGCUGCAGUGCAGCUUGACACCAUCAAGCCGUUCGGGUGUACACAACCAGGAGCGAAAUUCUCCACUGCUUCCCAGUAUGGAUCUUUGGUGGUGUCAAAGGCAGGCAUACAGAUGGCUCUGCAGGAGUCAGCAGCAAAGACAACGCCAGAACGGGCUAAUUGCUCCAAGCGACUUCAGUUUAGCAACGGCGGGAGCGCGUGGCCACGUGCAGGAUACAAUGCUCCCGGUGAUAAGCAAUUGCCGCUACGUGGUUCGUCGGUGACACGUUCCAAUCCUUUGGGUGGACUAAAACGCGAACCCCCGCCACAAACAAGCGCUAACAUCGCCUCCGCCGCGAAGCAGAGACAAACUCUAGCAUCUGACGCCAUACCUUUUUCGGGAAGCAGGCGCCGAGACAUCCCAGAUGGCGUUAGGACCUCGCUGAUUGAGGCUUUUGAUACUGCCUGCGUGCUAUGA